CCAAAAGCGAGGCAGAAAACAUGAAAUGACUAUGCUCGUGAAUCCAUUACUUUACAUUUAUUCUCUCUGAAUCUAAAUAAGUAUAAUUAUUGUAUGCACGAUAUCACACAGAAGGUGUACAGUGUUGGCCACUCGUUAGCAGCAUACAGUGUCAUUUGGUGCAUGCAUACUUGCUACGACAAAGCUUUGGUUACCGUCGAGAACGCACUGGAUUGUAUCCCAUUCAAUCCAGGAUUCAUCUUGCUCAAAACGAUCAUUUUACGACUAUGCGGUCGUUUCGACGAAGCCACUAUUUGGCUAGAAAAUCUAAGUGACAAUUUCUACAAACUAUUAGACCCGAAAGGAGAUACACAGAGAUCUAUCCUAGGGAAGCUUUCCGUACACGAGACGAGAAGUCAUUUGAUCAAACAAUGGUAUCUUAUACGGUACGACAUGGCAAUGCAAUGUUUGCUGGAGGACAAACUUGAAACGGCAAUUCGAAUCGUGUACAGAAGUAACCUAAUUAAGCACUAUGCGGAAUCGUAUAUGUUACUGGGCGAUUGUUUCUACAAACGAGACGAAAUUGAUUUGGCAUUAGAGUCGUACCUGAAGUGCCGGGAGAAGAUACGUGAACUGGAGCUACCGUUUUCUCGCAAGAAUAUCGAUCUAGUAGAACGGAUAAUCGAUAUCCUUAACGACCGGGCGGAACAAGCUAUAACUAAGGGACAGUCGAAACGUGCGGUUGAGAUCGCUGAUCAGGCGCUACGUAUCCUAGAUGAGGACAAAAUGCCGGUGCAUUUGUUACGCUUGCAACGCGGUCGCACUCUUCUCGCGAAAGCUCGCGGUUUAUUCCAAAUUGAAAGUAAACAAGAGGUAGAGAAGUUAUUGUCCUGCAAGACCGCGGCUGAUAGUUUGAGAUUCGUUAGAGAGUUAGAUUCGGAUCUCUACGCCACUUUGUACAGCGACAAAGAUAUCGAAGGAGUGAUCGACCGAUUCGCACCGCCGAGACAGCUGCCGAGAUCUUUAAAAAUUCUGAUGCAAUUUUCUUAACAAUGAGGGUUGUACAGAUAAUUUCAGUAAUCGCAAUUAUUAUUACCACAGCAAUAAAUCGUGCGACUGAUACACCGAACACCGGGAUAUUGAAAAAUACGCUGAUGUAAUGUUUGCAAAAGGUUGCUCUUCAAAACGAUAUGUAUCAUCGGUUUCUUGUUUUUAUCGUUUUAGUAAGAAUAUUUCGUACAAAAAAUAUUGAAAAAAUUUAGCUUUCGAAUAUUAUAUACCUGUAUGAAUAAAAGGAAGAAUUAGAUAAUGAAUCUUUUGAUAUCUUUCUAUUUUCGUACUGAAAAUGGCCUGAUUAUUUGUAAUAAAGUAUCUACUACAAAAUCUCUGUUUUUUAAAAGAUCUGUCUCCUUUGAAGUAUUUUUUUCAUAUAAAUCAAUUAUUACAAUCAGAAGUACCUACUCUUAUAAACGAUAUCGCAAUUCGAAUGUACGAUAUACAGAACAACCACGAUCAGAGAAAUGGACG